GCCAGAGCGGGCAAUGAACUUUGGACUAUGGCUGGAGCGAGGUAAACAACAGCACUAUAAAUACCAGGGCUCUGGCUGUGGCUUGGAGGAGCUGCGGGGCUGAGCGGAGAGAGAGGAAGCAGGCUGGUUGGAAGGGGUUGUGACAACCCCAGCAAUGUGGAGAAGCCUGGGGCUUGCCCUGGCUCUCUGUCUCCUCCCAGGGGGAGGAACAGAGAGCCAGGGACAGAGCACCAUUUGUAAGCAACCUCCAGAGUGGAGCAUAGGAGAUCAGAAUCCAAUGCUGAACUCAAGUGGUUCAGUGACAGUGGUGGCCCUUCUUCAAGCCAGCUGAUACCUGUGCAUUCUGCAGGCGUCCCGAUUGGAAGACCUGCGAGUAAAACUGGAGAAAGAAGGAUAUUUGAACAUCUCUUACGUUGUUGUUAAUCAUCAAGGACUUUCUUCUCAAUUACAAUAUGUGAAUCUUAAAAAUAAGGUUUCAGAGCAUAUUCCUGUUUAUCAACAAGAAGAAAACCAAACAGAUGUCUGGACACUCUUAAAUGGGAAAAAGGAUGACUUCCUCAUAUAUGACAGAUGUGGCCGUCUUGUAUACCAUCUUGGUUUGCCUUAUUCCUUCCUAACUUUCCCAUAUGUAGAAGAAGCCAUUAAGAUUGCUUACUGCGAAGAGAAAUGUGGAAACUGCUCUCUCACGACCCUGGAAGCUAAAGACUUCUGUGAAAUGGUAUCUUCGCCUACUGUGGGAAACACAACGGAGGCUCCCCAGCCACACCACCACCACCACCACCAUCAUCACAAGCAUGGGCACCAGCAUCAUGGGAACAAGGAGCUUUCGGAGACUCAGCCACCAGAAGCCCCAGAUGCGGCUGAGUAUCCUGCUCCUCAAGGCCUUCAUCAGCACCGUAAACACAAGACCCACCAAAGACAGGGCCACCCAGAGAACUGAGAUCUGCCAGCAGGAAGUGAAGGUUUACAACUUUCUGUCCCACAAAAGAAGCUCUGACGAAAGGGUUGUAUAAAUCAGUUACUCUGCACAUUGCCUGAAGAUUCAGGGUUGGCUCCUAGCAGCUGAUGCUGACACUGACGACAUCUGAUAUUUGAAAAAACAGGGUCUGCAAUCACCUGACAAUGUAAGGAAACCCUCCCCUCUUUAUGCAGCUGACAGGGACUUUGGGCAGAGGAGAACGUCAUUGAAUCUUGACAGUGACGUUUGCCUCCAGCUGCCUGACAAGCAAGUCAGCAGCUUCAGCCCACAGAAGCCAGCACCAAUUGAAGCUGAAAAAAUAAGGCCAAAAUGUGAAAAUGACCUUCAUACUAAAUAGUUAAAUAAGACAUACUCCCCAAGUAGGUCUGGACAGUUUCAUUUCCAGCAUUUUAUAAGCUGUCUAAUUAAUACUGAUCCAAAAAUAAGAAUUGGAUUUGUACAAACAUGGAGAAAUCUAUUACAUUGGCUUCCAAAUUUUAAAAUUUAAAUCAAAGAAAUUUUUGCCCAAACCAUGUUUUCAUUAUUUUAUUAUAAAGGUGAUUGCAGCAUUUGGUUAAUAUGUUUUUCUUUUUCUUUUUCCAGCAUUCUACUUGCUUUAAUGAGAACAGAGACAUAAACUAUGACCUAGGGGUUUCUGUUGGAUAGUUAGCAAUUUAGAAUGGAGAAGGAACAACAAAGACAUGUUUUCCAUUUUUUUCUUUAGUUAUUUCUCAAAAAAAAUUAUCUUAGUCUUUUAAAUCUUACGCUUUUAAUUGAUUAAACCUUUAAAGAACUCAGUGAAUUCGUCUUUUAAGUUCUAGAAAUACUGACACAUGACUAUUUUGCUAGGACUACAUUUUAAAUAUCUACUUACACUUUGUAUAUCUAAGAGUUUUGAUUUUCACUAUCCUGUAUGAAAUGAAGCCCCUAUAUCUUAUUUUCUUUAUCUCUCAAAUUUGAGAUAGUCUUGAGAGUUGUAAUGGAAAAGAUAAAAGAAUGUUGUCUAUCUCUUGAUUGUUUAGAAAGUAUUUCCAUAGUCAAUGAUGGUUCAAUAGGUAAACUAAGGCCUAUAAACCUGAACUCCUUUAUGGUUAAUACUGUUAAGUAAGAAUGUAGUACACGAUUGGCCAGAUGUGGAUUUGUUUAAAUAAACUCAAUUUAAAAAGUU